GGUGCCAGCCCAACAGUCUCCGCUGCUGGCCCUGGGCGUCAACACCUUUGACCUGCUGACCCAGCUGGCGAGGGGGGGCGUACACCCCUCACUACAGCCUGCAGUCACCCGCCUCACUUGUGCCUUCCUGAAGGAGGCAGGGCAGCCACCAAGCCUGUGGUUGGCUCACAGGAAGCCCCCAGAGCAUAAAAAUGAUGAUGCAGGGGCAUCAUUGCAGCCCUAGAGAGGAAGAGGAACAUGGCUGAAGACUUGGUUAAAAGAUUAGUCAAAUAUAGGAUUGAAACAGAUCUUUAAAGUGUUCACAGCAAUUCGGCUUUCAUUUGUAAACAAAGAGCAGACAGCUAGGAAGAUGACACCAGCAGCGGCAGGCGGCGACAGGCGGUGUGACAUCGGAGGUGUGACAUGUGCUGCGUGUCACGCAACCAAACUCAAGUGGAACAUGCACUGUUACAUGUACCAGAUUAUCGGACACGCCUAACAAGUGUGGCGCCAUUCGUAAGGCAACAAAACUGCUUGUCUUGAAAGAAAGUCCAGUGACAGAGACAACCUUGGCCAGUGUUGUGUUCGCUUCCUGACAGGGCGGGGAUUGUGACCAGGAAUUUGUCCAGCUUCCUCUUUGCUUUGGAAAGUGCAUUCCUGGCUGAGUGUGGUGCGUGUGCCUGCUACUCGUGUGGUGGUGCUGCUGCUGCGUGAAGCCUCUGCCGUGGGAACCCACCACAAAUAGCUAAUGGAUUCUGUAUGAUGGGAUUAGCAGCAGACAGAAUUCCAGUGAUGUAUUAACAUGCCUAGGGCCCAAUCUCCCCUGCAGGCUUCAGUGAGGAGCAGUUCAGCUACUUCAAUCCCUCAAAAGGCAAUUAGGUGUUCUUGGUGAAUGAGGAGGAGGAGAUUGAAUGCAGAGUGAUUGCCUACAUGACCACCAAGGAUAGGAUUGCCUGCGCCAGUGGGUGAAUUGUGGCAGUGCAGUGCAGACUCCAAGGCUCCCCAAGUGUACAGCAUUGUUGUGUGUGUGGAUGGGGUGUGUGUGCCAGACCCCUCACACUCUGUAUUGUAUGGCUGGGCAAGGUCACCUACCAUUGAGACAGUAGCUCCUCAUUGGUCAUUGCCAGGCUCUCUUUUCGAUCUUCAUGGCAGUUUCCACAACAGCAAACACUGCAAGCUUGACCACUGAUUUUGUCUCCAAUGAAGCUAAGAGUGGGAGUGUUCUUACCAAGGCCUUUGUUGGAGGCGUCCCCUGUGAUAUAGUGGACGACAACCUGGAGCUCUGUGACACGCUGACAAGGGAGAAGGUUACUUGUCGCUCCAAGGGUAAGCUGGUCGGCCCCAUGAAUGCCACUGUCUGCGUUACUGGAAGAGGCGCGUCUGAAGUGACCAAGAUAGGAAUGUACGUGGACUCCCAGGACAGGCUGUACCAGUUCCUCACAUAUGCUGCUUGACACAGACGAGUGCAGCAAUGGUCCUGCAGCAGCCCAGCAUAGUGCAGGCCAGACAGCCCACUGCCAUCACUGUUCACUUUGUUGACAAGGGCUCUGGCUUGGUGCUUAAUGGCCUGGCUUUCAAGGGCCAGACAUUUGUGGGCAAACUGCUGGCAAAGACUGCUGAGGGACACUUUGAGGUUAUCCAGAGCACAAGGAUGGCCAAGGAAAUCCUUCUCAAAUACCCAGAGAUCCUCCAUGCCGCUCACCCCUUCUUCCUCUCCCUCAAGUUUGUGGGUGCUGGUGGCUCUCUCCUGGAUGGAGCAGUUUUUGUGGAUCAAAAGAUAUUGAUUGAGAUACUGGGGAGGGAUGUGAGUGCAUGCCCAAGGAGAAGGCCCAGAUCUUUAAGAGGAUCUAUUUACCCAAGAACAACUUGUCAACAAUUCCUGUAGAUGUCAUCAUCAGUGAGGUCAGUGUUAGAUACCAACUUGCUGCUCAGGAGUCUGUUGUACCUGCUGGCUGGCAUUUCCACUUUGUCUCUCCUGGUAACCAAUUCUGUAUGUGUAUGUGUAUCUAUUAAUUUAUUUCUGUGUGUAUUAUGUCUGUCUAUCUGUGUGAAUGUGGAGAGUUUGGGGUGAAUGUCGCUUGAUACCUGAUGGGGAUGGAUUGCUGUGUGCCUCUCAGUGAAGCAGCCUGUCAGUCCAGAUGGCAUUUGACAGCUGUUUCUCACUCCACAUAUUUACACGAAGGUGCUGACAGAUUAGCAGCAGGAGUGGGAACUGCAGUGGCUGUAACUCAUAUGACUUCACUGGUACCAAUCCAGACCACCUGGCUUCCCCAGGGACAGGCUUGUGUCACCCUGAUCUUACCUCUACCUAUACAUCUACCACUGCACUACAUUUGGAAUCUGGUUGAGUACAUGUACUCAGACCCGAGCCUGAUGUGUGUGUGUGUGUGUGUGUCUUUGUCUAUCUGUUGAAAUCAAGUCACUGUUGUGUCUUGGAGGGAAUAAGAGUGUGUAUGUGACUAUCUAUUUCUGUCUUUAUCCAUCUAUCUAUGGAGGGAAUAAAAGUGUGUAUGUGACUAUCUAUUUCUGUCUUUAUCCAUUUAUCUAUCUAUCUAUCUAUUUGUGUUUAAAUAAAGUUGUUGGUAGCAUCUGAGGGAAUAAGAGGAGUGUGAGCUCAGUAUGAUGUGCAAGGAGUUUAUGGAUGUUUUAACAUUUUGUAAUAUAGUAUUUAUUAGUGUGCAUAUCUUUUUUUGCAUGCAAGAUUUUAAUACCUUACUUUACCAUUUUGUCUGCAUCUAACAUACAGUGUCUCUCUCUCUCUCUCUCUCUCUCUCUCUCUCUCUCUCUCUCUCUCUCUCUCUCUCUCUCUCUCUCUCU